AUGCGCGUUGUUGUUCUCGCUGCCAUCGCUAGAGGUGUUGUAGGUUUCUCUAAUACGGUUUCGGAGGAUACUUUGCCGACUGGGAACUACUGCGAGGAGAUGUGCACUCAGACUGCUGGUUGUGAUCAGUCAUACUGCAAGGAUAACGGUCUAUGCUUUGGUCUCUACCACAAGGGAGAGUCCAAGUGUUAUCAACCCGGUGGUGAAGCUACCGAUUGCGACGACUCUGCACUAGAGCCGGUCCAGUGUGCUGAAUAUCCUGUUACUACUUGCGAUGAUGUUUGUAGUAGCAUCGAAGGAUGCAAGGAGUCGAAGUGGGGUACUUAUUGUAAGACUUGGCAGGAUCCCCCAGUCUGUUUUGGUAUCAUCGUCAAGGAGGAUGGUAGCCUCUGCUUCAACCCUAUUGAUGAGGAGUGUGUUGGGGAGCCUUAUCAGUGUGAGAUUGCUCCCAUUGAGACCACUGUUAUCCCUGAGACCACGAUUGAGCCUACUGAUGUUCCUGAGACCACCGUUAAGCCCACUGAUCUCCCUGAGACCACCGUUGAGCCCACUGAUGUCCCUGAGACUACCGCUGAGCCCGUGGACUAUCCAACCAACGAAGAUCUAGCUGGAGACUGGUGUGGUGAGACUCCUCUCGGCCCCAUUAAAGUCACCCCCGAGGUUUCGGGUGCGGUUACUCUAUUCGUUGGUGGUCAGACGUUCACUGCCGAAUACUAUUUGGACGGCUAUGAAAUUGUGUUUACUAAUCCGGAUGAGGCUUUAGCAGCGUUGCUUGAUGAGUUGGAUUCGAGCUUAUACGCUCUCUACACCGAGGAAGGUGUCUACGUUGAGCUAGUCAAUGUCUUCACCACUACUAUCACCAGAUGCUAG